AUGAGAUUUAAGAGAUCGGGUUCGAGGUCUGCUUUUGAUGCGAAUAUUGAUGGAGAACUGAAAGAUAUUGUCAAUGCGCCUGAAAAUGGCAAUAGGUGUGGUGAGUGUGGCUCAGCCGUGCCCACAUGGUGUUCUACAAACCUAGGCGUGUUCUUAUGCGGCAGAUGUGCUUCUGUUCAUAGAAAGAUUCUAGGGACUGACCCAGAUGAGGAGAGUGGUAUCUUCUCCAACGUGAAAUCGUUGUCCAUGGAGAGGUGGGAAGCGGAGGACAUAGACUCUGUGGCCUCUUCUGGAGGUAAUAAAGGAAACAUGAGGAAAUGGAACCCAAAGAAUGAACCUUUUCCUUUCGAUGGAGAUGAGGAUAAAAGUGCUGUCGAAAGAUUUGUUAGAGAGAAAUACAUCAUAGGUAAGUACAGAAACGAUCAAAUAAUGCCCUCAGAUUAUGGGUCUCGGAGUAAUGGUAGAAGAAAAUCUACUGCUAGAUUUGAUAACGAUGAUUAUGAUGAUUAUGGUAUGCCCCGUCAUCGUAGUAGAAGCAGAAGUAGGAGUGUAAGUGGUCGCAGCCGCACCUCCUCAUUUUAUAGGAGUGGUUCUUCUGCCCAUAUCUCGGAGCAUGAUUUCGCUUAUAGCAAAUAUGGUAGGGAACUAAGACAACUGCGGGAGUUAGGUUUUACAAACGAACAGAAAAAUAUUGAUGCUAUAACAUAUAGUCACGGGGAUGUUAACGGUGCUCUUGAUUAUCUGAAUAGACGCGAACAAGAUCGGCCUCUAUCAAGAGCAACAAGUAGAUCCAACGUACACAGCCCUGUUAAUAACAUGUCAGGCUCUAGUAGUCAAAUGGCCAGCAACCCACCAUUGCCUUCAAGACCUCAGCAGACUGGUCCCAAGCCUGCCGUAUUUGACGGUACUGGUGUGGUAAACCCCACAUCACAACAGGAACCACAACCAGCCAUAUUUGAUGGGUCAGUUCAGCAAUAUUAUGACCCAGCUACAAACAUGAUUUAUGUUGACCAGCAGCAGUACAUGGCUGCAGUCCAAGGUCAAGGCCAACAAUUCCAACAACAAUCACAACCUCAAAUGGGAAUGCCUAUACAACAGACAAUAGGUGUACAACCAACAAUGACCGGGAUCGGAUCUCAAGUACCGAUGCAAUUCAAUGCCACUGGGUCAGUUAACAUGAUACCAACCCAGGUUCAAACUAUGACUGGGAGUGUCCCAAUGAUGCAACCUGCUGGCAUGCAAACCACUGGGUUUGCUCAGCAAUCUGUUCAACCACAGAUCGAUAAGAAUGCAAUUAUGAACCUGUAUAGUAAGCCUGACCAGUACACAACACCUGUUGAAAUAACGCCAAAUACGCCACAGUACCAACAGGUUCUACAACAGCAGCAACUACAACAACAGCAAUUACAACAACAGCAACUACAACAGCAGCAGUUACAACAACAGCAGUUACAGCAGCAGCAAUUACAGCAGCAGCCUACUUAUCCAAAUCAAUACAACCCGGGAUUUUAUAUGUAG